AGACAGCCUUUGGCAUAUAGGAGUUAUAUUCAGAAUACAGGGCUCCGGUCCACUACUGCUUGGGCAAUGGCAUCACUUGCUGAAAUUGGUCAUGUCAGUUACAUGGGAGCAGACAUAAGUGACUCACAGUUGACACAUGCACUUGCCAAUAUGAAGAAGGCAGGAAUAUCAGAUUCUGUGGCGCUCUUAAAAGGAUCUGUGUUAAAUAUUCCAGUUCUGUCAGAGAGUAUGGAUGUUGUGAUUUCUGAUAUCCCAUUUGGAAAAAAAUUUAAAUGUUUUAAAGAUAUAAAAGAACUUCUGCCUGACAUCAUCAGAGAA